AUGGCGGAGGAGAUUCAGUCAUUCUCAGUUCUUCCCCCACCAGGGAUUUACAGGAAAGGAAGGCUUGGAGGGACCCCAGGGGCCAGUAGGCAUGGGGAGCCUGGAGUCCGAGGCCUGCCUGGACCCCCAGGGAAGAGUGGCCCUCCGAGUCCACCGGGUCCCCCUGGGGAGAGAGGACCCCCUGGCCCUCAGGGCCGGGUAGGGGAGCCAGGACCCCAAGGACUGCAAGGGGCACCAGGUCCUCCAGGUGCUCCAGGCCCAAAUGGUGGAGCGGGUAAACGGGGGCCUUCAGGAAGCUCGGGGCCCAAGGGCCCUCUAGGCCUGGUUGGCCCACCUGGAAUUCCAGGAAAGAAGGGUGAUAGUGGGUUGUCGGGGCGAGCUGGUGAAAAGGGAGACAAGGGGAUGCUGGGACCUCAAGGAGACAUGGGACCACCUGGGCUGGAGGGACCACAGGGCGAUCCGGGACCAAGAGGGGCAGAUGGGGACCCGGGAAAGAAAGGGGAGCAGGGGGACCGAGGUCCAUGUGGAAAUCCUGGCCCCCAGGGCCAUGCUGGAGAUCCAGGGCCACAGGGAUUAAAAGGCCUUCAGGGACACCCAGGACCAAGGGGCAAGGAAGGGGAUCCUGGCCCUCCGGGUGAUGUUGGUGACCCUGGACCCAAGGGAGACAAGGGAGACGUGGGCCCUCGGGGAUUCUCAGGGCAAGAGGGGCUGUCUGGGACCCUUGGGGCCAAUGGGAAGAGAGGGCCGAAAGGAGAGAAGGGCCACAUGGGUCUGCCGGGUGAGGUCGGACUCACGGGAGGAACUGGACCCGCCGGGUUGUCAGGGCUACAGGGUGUUACAGGUCCUGUGGGAUCACCAGGAUCGGAUGGUCCACUGGGGAAGAAGGGGGAGACCGGGUCCAGGGGUGUGACCGGAGAGCCGGGACCGCAAGGGCCCGAGGGGCUGGCUGGGGAAACAGGAAUGAAGGGGGACACUGGGAAACUGGGAGUUCAGGGCUCACCAGGAAACGUUGGCCCAAAAGGAAGCUCUGGCCCCCAGGGACUGCCAGGUCCCGAGGGCGAGAAGGGCAAUCCAGGGGUCAAAGGGGAACCAGGGCAGCAGGGACCAGAGGGUUUACCAGGCAUCAAGGGGCCACCAGGCUUGCUUGGAUUAGAGGGGGUGCCAGGGGAGACAGGUGCACAGGGGGCACCAGGACUACCAGGACAUCAGGGUGCCACAGGUAGCCCAGGGCGUGAUGGGAAACAUGGGCCAAAGGGAGAGAAGGUAAACAUCACAUUGUGUGUACUCCUCUCUCUUAAUGCCCUGUACAACAUGCCUUCCCUGGUGAAGCUGGCAGAGAUGGAAAUCCAGGAAAGUUGGGAGCAGUUGGAAGACCGGUGA